AUGUGGAUCUUUUCGAGACCUCGAACGGGAAUCAGGGUGGACGGACAACCGAUAAAACUCGUCGAUGAGUUCUGUUACCUAGGCUGUACGCUGAAGAACAAUGGCAGCUACGAGAGAAGUGUUCAGCAAAGAUGCGCUAAGGCCACUUCUGCAUUUAACUCCUUAACGAAAUGCCUGUGGUCGACCCCCAUCACCAACGAAGUCAAGCUGCGAGUCUACCUUCCCGCAAUUCGCCCCAUCAUGAUGUACGGAUCAGAGACUUGGGCAACACCCUCUAGGGUGAUGGAGAAGCUUUGUUGCACGGAAAGGAAGCUGCUUAGACACCUGCUUGGCUAG